CCCUUUUCCUGUUUGCUUGGAGAAUCCUCAUGUUAUUGAUAAACACCAGCUCUGGGUUGGGAUCAUUCCGAAAGGACCUGAUGGAGCUGUGCUUACUUCUACCUAUGAAAGAAGGUUUUCAGAGGAUUAUUUGUCUUCUUUGGGAAAAACAAUUGGUAACAUUGUGCGAGUUGUACCACAUGGGCUGUUGGUGUUCUUCCCGUCGUAUCCUGUCAUGGAUAAGAGCCUGGAAUACUGGAGAGUAUGUUUAUUGCUCUGCCUUUAUUGG